UGGUGCCCCAGCACCGGCCGCGCCGGGCCGUCGGGUGUACUCGGAUCCUGGACCUUUUUUUUUCUUUUUAAUUGAAUAGCCUCUAUCCUGCUGACCAAGAAACCAGAUUUGAGUUCUCUUUUCUUUUUUUAUUUUUUUCUUCCUUCCUCAUUGGAAGAGCACAGUAGUGGCUCCCUGUUCACUUCAAUGUCAGUUUGCUGCUAAUGGGUGUAAGUAAAUUAGAUGUCUUGUACAGAAAGCUCCUCCUCACUAAAAUUUUCAUCAGAGGAUGGGGAAAGCCAGAGGAUCUGAAAAGAAUAUUUGAAUUCAGAAAGAUUAUUGGAAACAGGGAAAAAUGCCAGACGCUGGUUUCAAAAGAUUACCCAGUGUUCGUUGACAAGGUUGAGGAGCAAUCCGACUGUAAAAUCCUUGAGGGGCACUUCAUUUCCCCAUUGGCUCAUUAUGUCCCGGGUAUCCUGCCAGUCGAAUCUCUUGUGGCAAGAUUUCAGUUCAUCAUACCCAGAAAAUGGAAUAGCAAGCACAGACCUGUGUGCAUUCAUUUAGCAGGCACUGGAGACCAUCACUUUUGGAGGAGACGCACAUUAAUGGCACGCCCAAUGAUUAAAGAAGCCUGUAUGGCUUCCCUGUUGCUAGAAAAUCCUUAUUAUGGCUGUAGAAAACCUAAGGAUCAACUACGGUCAUGUUUAAAAAAUGUCUCGGACCUGUUUGUGAUGGGAGGAGCUCUUGUUCUAGAAUCGGCAGCUCUUUUGCACUGGCUAGAGAGAGAAGGCUAUGGACCGCUAGGGAUGACUGGAAUAUCCAUGGGAGGACAUAUGGCUUCACUGGCAGUGACAAACUGGCCUAAACCAUUGCCAUUGAUUCCGUGUCUUUCCUGGUCAACAGCUUCUGCGGUCUUUACUACGGGUGUGUUGAGCAAGGCAGUGAACUGGAGAGAGCUAGAGAAACAGUAUUUUACACAAACUGUUUAUGAAGAAGAAAUCAUUCAAAUGCUUGAAUACUGUGGAACAGAUUCUUUCAAGAUGGGACAAGACUUUGUUAAAAACUUCCCUGACGGUGUGGACAGUCUGGAGGAUGUGGAGGUGACUUCCAGAAUGUUCGACCUUGAUUCAUCAAACAAGACAGUAUCUAAAGAAGCUGUUCACAGCUUUACCACGAAUAAAAGUACUUUAAGUGCCUCAUCAGAAAGACUCUUAAUACAAGAUGCUCCUAAAAUGCAGUGCAUAAAUCAAACAUUUUCAACCAGUAGCAAUAGCAAUAAAAACUUAUCCAGCCCACAAGGACACAGGAUAAAUAAAAGAAGAAAGAGUGACACUUUACAGAGAGAAUCCUUAAGGUUCAUGAAAGGAGUAAUGGAUGAAUGUACCCAUGUAGCUAACUUCUCAGUUCCAGUUGACCCAAGUUUAAUCAUAGUUGUACAAGCUAAGGAGGAUGCAUAUAUUCCUCGAACUGGGGUGCGCAGUCUUCAAGAAAUCUGGCCCGGAUGUGAAAUUAGGUAUCUGGAUGGAGGUCAUGUCAGUGCCUACCUCUUCAAACAAGGACUCUUUAGACAAGCGAUUUAUGAUGCAUUUGACCGCUUUCUUCAGAAAUAUGCAGUUUAAAAAUCUUCGUAAUGUAUUCAAACUGAUCUCAUUUGUACUUCUGCUUACUGGAACUCAUAUUUGGAAAACAAGCCUCUUGCAACAUUGAGUAGAUGGUUGCUGACUUUGACUGUUGUAGGUAACAAUUAUCAAAAAUGGUAAAGUACCAGCAUUACUUUCAUUUCAACCACAUUUCUGACAUUUCACCACCAUUUCUGACACACUUGCUUCAGCUUUACCUGUGAAAAAACAAUGGCAGCAUUUGUUAGUGCAUGAAUGGUUCAUGUACUUCAUGUUUCAUAAUGUUGUGUAUUCAUUUAAUUCCGAAUAAAUUCUGAAUUGUGUAUCAGUUGAAAACAGACCAAUCUAAGUAUUGAAAGAAUGUAAAAUUUGCUGUCGGGCUAAGUUGCUCACUUGCAUUUAGUGUAUUUCUAGUUUGUUGCAGGUACCUGGGUUUCCUCUUGCUUCCUCGUUCCCUUGCUGUUCCUAUUGUGUUGUACUAUGGCUUUGCCAGCACUCAGCCUCUUGUGUUUGUCACUGAUUUUCUCUAUUAUGAAUUGAAAAUGAGCUAUAAUAGAAGGGGCAGCAUCAAAUCUUGCAAAAAGAGACUUUCAAAAUUCAGUGAAGAGUGAGAGAGAGAUAUUUUCAUUCAAUGCGUCCAUGAGAUUUUCCUGCCACUGAAUCAAACCGUGCCAUUCCAGAAGAAUCAUGUAGCAAUUUAUUGAUCGGUUUCACAAAACUGGCAUAAGUGAAAAUGGAGUGUCUGGUAAUUAAUUGUUUACAUGCAUUGUGUUGAGUAACGAACUUUUUCUUCCAGAUUUUUUUUUUUAGAAUGCUAGAGUAAAUAAAAAUGUAAUCAUUUUUCUUUAGAAGCAGUGGCACAAAGAGUCUGAUUCUAAGCAGUUAAAUCAACAGCAGAUUAUAUGGUGCUAUAAAGAUCUGUUGGAAAUAUUUCAACAGAGGUCCUUUUUAAAGCGCACUCAGUGCUGACAUGAAAAUACAGUUUCACUAUAUAAUAUUAAAAAUGUAUGUGAGACUAAGGGUUAUCAAAACAGUUGGGUUAGCUCCUUAUUUUUCAACACUGUUUUUUUAAUUGGAUGGAAAAUAAAAAAAUUAGGAUUAUGAAUGUGUUUAAGAAAAUCUGGCCUGUUGUUUCCUCUUUUGGGAUCAAAAAUGCCAACAAAUUACAGUAGAAUAAAAGGUUGUCAUGCAUCAGCUGUAUGUGGUAUCUGUCCACAUCUUAUUUUGUGGUAAUUUCCUGUAACGUUCUUUUAAAGCUAGUUUGCAGAGAAGUUUAAAACUGAAACACUUCAAUAUUAAUUUUAGUACAGUAAUGACCAGAGUUAUACAGAAACAAACAGAAAAAUCCAGCCAUUUCUUGGAAUAUGUGACUUCUACACCUUUCAAAUCAAGUACUUCAUUGAUCUCCAUGGUUAGCAUAAUGGUUUUUAAUAGGCAGCGUAUGAAGCAAACAAAGCUCAGUUUAUAUAAAUAUAUUCUCUUGAAUUUUAGUCUGGCAGACAGGACUAGUAACUGAGAAGAAAUCAUGGUUCACUUGAAGAUUAGAUAAGUUCAGGUAAAACUGAAGUGUUACAAUUUGUAAUAACCCAGAUUAUUUAACAUACAAAUUUACUGGAAAUGCAAAAGAAGUUAUAUUCUGUUGGAAGUUAAAUUGCUUGUUUCAAGUGGUUUUUCAUAAUUUCUUUAGACAGUGUGGGUUUUAUAUAUAGUGGGAGCAAGUGUGAAGUGACUAGUACAUUAAAAUAUAGUAAAACACUGGAUGUUGGAAGGUUUGAAAUAAAAUAUAAGUAAGCCUACAAAUGUAAAAUUGAAGGCUUAAAUACUACACUAAAAGAUUUAUGGGGUUUACGUUUUACAAGCUCAUUCAUCAACUAAGAGUGUUUUACAAGACCAUUUUCUGCUGUUCACCAACUUUUUUAGAUCUCGCAUUUUAAAUGUAUUUGUCUGCUUUAUGUCCUGUUUCUGUUGCAGCUAUGAGAAAGGGAGAUGACUGGUAGCAAGGGAAAGGGCUUGAAUAAAUGGAAGAGAGAAAAGACAGAUUUUGUAAGGUGGGGAGUAAGCACAAAAAAAAAACCCCAUCAA